UCUGGCACACACAUAUAUACAGGAAGUCUUACAAGUAAACAGAGUCAUUUACAACCAAUUGUCUUGGUUAAUGGAAGCCAUCAAGAUUCCAAACCACCAUUAAUGGCCCACACUUUGCAUAAUUACGGUAGGACCUAGUUUUAAAUACAAGAAUAAUACAUUCAUACAAAUAGGAUGACCACACUCAGUAGAUUAUAAGAUUUGUAAUUAUACCUUACAAGAGACCUUUUGCAUAAAGCAUAUUCUAGUUACAUCAUAUCCAUACUUAUAAACAUAUUUUUAUAAAAAUAUGGAGUGCAACGUCACAGUGCCUACCUCUGAGAGAUGGGUGGGGCUUAGCACACACUCUUCUGGUCAGCGUCAAGCUUCCUAGCAUACUGGCUUUUGUGGCUGGCAUUUAUAGGCACCUAUUUCUCCCCAGUCAUUGUCUCUGGAGCCCAGGUUCCUAAUUUGACUUUGUGGAUCACAGUGUGGUUUGUCUGAUUUUUUUUUUUUUUAAGGUGCUUAAAAGUUAGGCGUUGUGUUGCAUCCCCUAAGUCCCUUGGGUAUCCCACCCGUAGUAUUUUACUGCCAAAUAUUAUUUACUACUGUUAAAGGCCUAAACUUUCUCACCUUGCUCAUAUAUGUGGUACCUAUUUGAUUCAGGGGAACUAUUCCCAUGAAUAAGGUAAAUAAGGUUUGACCUUUAGAUGAUCUGUUAAGAAAUACAUACUUUGCAAGCAAGAAUUUUUAUAGGUUUUUCUUUUUAGACAGAAACAUGAAAUAAUUAGCAUAAGCUAUCUUUUUUUGCAUGGGAAGUUUUCCAGCAUAAACUUUUGAACCUCACAGAAGAUAGGUAAGUUUUUAAGUACUCUUGAAAUCAAUGUACUUUCAUGCAGAAUAACCUGUAAAUGCAAUAAAUUUGCUUUUGUCUUUGGUGGAGAAAGAAAUCAUAGAUCACAUUAAAUGAUUUUAGAAGAGCGUUUAGAUGUAGGGUUUUGUUUCGAAGCCUGUUCGAUGAAUAAAGAAAUUGAAUUAGACAACACUUAAACACUGAUUAUGUAAAUUUAACAUACUGCCAGCCACUAACUGACAGGGUUUAGGAAGAAUCAACCACUUUGGGUAGGUUAUUCCAUAAUUUCUUACUUUGCAUCCUUGACUCUUCCUUUGGAGCAGCUGGUUCUGGCCACUAUCAGAAACAAGAUACUAGCCUAGAUGGACCACUAGUCUGGGCCAAAAGGGCAAUUCCUAUAUUCCUCAGUUAUUAAAAUAAAUUAAUAUUUGGGGUGAAAGCCUGACCCCUUGAAACUAGCAGCAAAACUCCCAUUGACUUCAAUGGAGUCAGGAUUUCACUCUGUCUUUUUCCUUUGUUUGAUUCCCAAGGGACUAACUUUGAAACCUGGCUAUCUAAACUGCAAAUGCAGAAUUUAUAAGCACAGCUUCUAUGUGGACAGAAUGGGUAUUUCCUUUCACUUCCUCCAACCCUCAAAGACGCAUGUCCUACAUUAUUCCCCUUCAGACAAAGCAUCUGGGAGUCAGAGACUGAGAACACCUUAAAUUUUUCUCCCCUUGCAUCUGUAGAGCCUGUCCUACAAACACACAUACAUACUAACUUUACUUAUAUGAGAAGACCCAUUAGCUUCUGUUAGGAGUACUCACCUGAUUAAAGUUAUGCAUGUGCUUGUGUUUGCAGGAUCAAUCGCUAGAUAGCCACCCCAACCCACCGAGUUUGCUUAUUUUAAUGUCUUAAAAAUAGAAUUCCUUUUAUUAAAGGAUAUUAUUACUUUAAUAUUACAUAUAAAAUGAAUAUAUAGUGUGAUGGAUUGCCUUUCAAAUAGCUAUUUACUAUCUGUAUAAUACCAUAGUCAUCGUGAUAUUAUAUAAAAAUUUGAACUUGUCUCACCCUUUGGUCUUAAACUCCUUGACAAUAUCCUUUGUUUGAUUAGCCUUAAAAUUGCUUGAGUAAUAUCCCCAAGUUAGAUGAUUUUUCUGUGCCAUUAAUUAAAUGACCAUAAAGAGUGGAAUAUAGAAUCAUAACUGCCUCAGCACAGAAGGCUGGACUUGAUGACUUUUAAAGGAACCAUACAUACAUACGCUUCUAUAAUUAUUAGAGAUAGACUAGACCUAUAGUUCACAUUGUCCUCCCUGCUAACAGUAUCUUUGAGUGCUAUUGCAUUGCAUCCUUUUCUUUAAUAGGGGAUUAAUAUUGUCUGUUUGGGAACCUUGUAGCUGAAUUUCUUCAGUAACUCUCAUUGCCAUGAAUUCCACAACAAUCCGCUGAAGAUGAGGUGAUGAUAAUGAUGAGAUAAAGAGUAACUGGGAGCUUUGGGGGCACAAUAGCCAGACUUGUGAAUAUCUGUAUACUGGUGGCUAGAUGAUAUCAAGGAAUCAUAGACAGCCUACAUCUGUGAAUACAAUGUACUAUAAAUCGAAUUACAAUUUUCGUAUCUUCUUAGAAAAGAAGAUACCUGCCCAAACUUAUCUCACUUUCUACCACUUGAUCUAAUUCUAGUCUGUAUUGCUUCUGGUAUAGGAAGUCAUCUGAAAACAAAUUGUAUGCAACUUUGCUGAUUCCAGAUGUAUUUUCCCCUUUAAUCACUCGGGUAUGUUCACAUAGCCCUGUUCAGGCAGGUUAAGAUAUUAGCCAGUAGGUGGCAAUGUUGGGUUAUGUUACCAGAGUUGUAGUGUAAAUCAAGCCUUUCUUUUGUUCUUUUAAAAGACUUUUAGUGCUCGUUAAGAUCUUGUGAACACUUGAUCCUGAAAACAUUUACACACAUGAGUAACUUUAUGCACACGAGUAGUCCCAUUGAGUUCAAUGAGACUACUUGUGUGUGUUUGCAUGAUCAAGGUCUAAAGUGCUGGGCAACCUUGGAGACGGAGGGUGAGGUUCCAAAGGCAUACAGGGGAGUUAGUUGCCUAACUCUUCUUUGUGUCCUCAACAGUCUCCUCCAAACUCCUCUGUAUAUCCAAAGAUAGAAGCAGCAUCAAGAGCAAAUAUUAUGCCAUCUUCGCCUAGCACUGCCCUGCUGCUGUAACUCAAACCUGAUAGUGGUGUAGCUAUAAUUUUUGGAAUGUAUGAAUUAGAAUUUUUGAAUUACAAGAGCUGUAAACCUCCUUUUUGAAAUAUCUGGGGGUGAUGAUAGUGGACUGGAGUGUCUAGGGGUGAUGAUUGUGAACUGGAGGUUGCUUAGAGCUCACUGGGGAAGGCAGCAAAGCCCUAAUAAUAAUUUACAGCCAGACACUAGUACUGUAUAUCCCUUAUUUAUUUAUUUAUUUUGCAGCAGCCAAAGUGUGCUAAUAAGACUUGAUCCCCUGCCCCCAAAGAGCUUAUGAUCCAAAUAUCAGACAAGACAGACAGCUGAUUCCUAAAUGGAAGUGGGGAGGAAGGAAGAAGAGAUGCAUAGGAAGGAGAUGAAUUUGCUGAAAGUUUUGAAUCUCUGUUCUGGAGCGAGUCUCCAGAACAGCUCUAAAACCUGAAGUAUUUGGGAGGCACUUCAAUGCAAGAACAAAAUGUGACUCUCUCCUUGUUUUACUUUGUUCUUCAGUCCUCCUGCCUUUACUUGGGGGAUAGGAUUCUUCCCUCUCACUUCUUGGUGCCUGAAUCUCAGUCUUUUUGAGCUUGCGUGCAUGACUGACAAGGAGAGCUGUUUCUGGCAAGAUGGGCUUUCCCCAUCUCUCGCUCCCUCAUCUUCUCUUUCUCUCUCUCUUUUUCCUGUGUUUUGCCUCCAUUCCUGCUCCAGGCCUGUCUUGUUUCUCAUCUGUCCUUCCCUCCCUGACUUCUCUUUUCUCUCAUUUCCUUCUUGUCUUUUCCCCCUUUCUCCUCUUACUUGCCCUUUCUCCCUUACCUGCCGUUCUCUGCUUCCUCUUACUGUCUCACCGGUUCUCCUAGCUGUGUCACCUUCCCCCCAUCCUUCCCCCCCUCCCUGUUCUCUUCCUUUUCUCCUCCUCUAGCUCAUCUCGCCGCUCUUCCUUCUCACUUUCUGCUCUUUCUUCCUGAUUCUCCUCUGUCCUCCCUCCCUAAAAAGAACAAAGUGUUAGGGUGCCUUAUGUGACAAGUUCAGUCACACAGGUCUGGGACAGCAAGACAUUUGUAGGGAGGCUGUGAGCUAGAAGGAGCAGAUAUUUGUUAGGUUGUAUAGGGUAUGAGCUGACCCUGCUACCAUAAACUUGUACCUAGUAGGCAACUCUUCCCCAAACCUUUGAUCUCUCCCCUGAUUUGGCUACAUUGUGGGAGCUGCUCAGACAUUCUGCAUUCUGCUUUGAUAGAGUGGGUCUACGGCAGUCAGCAUCAAGAAGGGAUCUGUAGUGGGGUUCUGCCACAGAAGAAGGGCCAUAGCAUCACUGUGACCUGGAGGUAGUCAUAGUUCAGUUCCUUAGUCAGUCUUUAGCCUCUCUGUUGAUACUGCCAGUAAGUCCCAAUGGUAAGGGUAUUCUUUAAAAUAAGAAAUGUUAAAUACAUUAUACAUCACACAUUUGUCUAGAAUACUCUGCCUCUUUCCACCUUGUCAGAAGCUGUAGAAUCACAAAGUUCAUUUUUGGUGCUCAGCUGAGAUCUACAAAUGCACAAGGUCAACAAAAGCGGAGCAGCCUCCACUGCGUGCCAUUUUACAUGCUCAGCAUUUGCUGCACAAGACAAGUGUUGUAACAGCAGAACCUUCCUGUGGAACUGAAUAAAAAAUGGUAGAGUUUUCUGUAGAGUUUUAAACCAACUGAUAGAAUUCCAGAGCAGUGAUAUGAUUCUUCAUUAUGGAUACACUAGUUGCAGCUCCAUAAUAAAUGCUGAGCUGAGUUUUGCACUUAAAGCAAAGGUUCAGGUUAAAUAUGAAGAGCGGUAUUGCCAGCCCCAAGUGUUCAAAAUCGUGAGUUAGGCCCUACAAACUGGCUCAAAAUUCAUGAGAUUAUUAAGAAAUAAUCAAUUUAAAGGAUUUUUUUAUUUGCCUUUUGAUUGGGGCCUUUGUAGUUUACAUUUUCAGGCUUUUCUCAAAAAUCAUGAGGGUUAAAAAUUUUUUUUCUUUUAAAAUGAAAGCUGAGAUUGUCACAUACUCUGUGAACUCCAGGAGCUGGAGCUCUAAAAUAAACCCCAAUUAUCAUAGUGCUCAGACAAAAAGAAUUGGCAACACUGGAAGAAUAUAUUGUAUCCUCUCCAAAAUUACAGCAUUAGCUCUUUGGGCACAGAAUGAAUUUUCUAAGAAUUUACAAGUAAAUUGGUUGGUUAAUGUAUGGGUUAAUGUUAAUUUUAAAUGGGUCUUUUAAGAAAUGUACUUAAUUGUUUGUUUGUUUUAUUUUUGUUUUGUGUCCCAAAUGAUCUCAGUUCAGGCAUUGUCUGUCUGCACAAAAAUUGACAGGUGAUUCUUGAGUAAAUUUAGUACAAUGGGUAGGGUUUUGUUGUGUUUUUUUUAAAUAAAUGUUUAGAAUUAAUACUCCUCUUCCAAUGUGCUUCGUAAGUGAAGACUUAUCUGAGGAGCAAUGUUCUUCAGAGAAACUCCCCCUUUCAAAAUGGCUGCCUUCAGUGUUCUCAAAGGGACUGAAGCCACAGAUUGCCCUUAGCAAAAAUGGAGUCAGAACUAUCAAGGGUUCACCAGCUGAUGCAGUUGCUGGAAUAGCCUGGUUCCUGAUACGCAUACCGUGUGAUGGAAAGACCACUGGCACCAUUUAUGCUAGCCCUUCUAUCCCGACAGCCAUGCUAACAAUUUAGCCUAGAAUGAUCCAGGCUCAAUUGGAAUUAAAGGUUGAAAAAUCAGUCUAAAUAGCAUGUAUCUGUACCACACUGAAAAAAAUCUGAAGUUCUCUGAAGAACCAUAUGAAGGAUCCUUAAAUGUCCAGUGGAUGUAUUUACAAUCCAUCCCCAAAGCACUGUUUUUCAAUAAUGGCCAAGAUCUUGUGGUGAUCUAGCUCAGAGAUUCUGAAACUUUUUCACCGUGCAGUCCACACCUUACUAAAGAGAUCAUCUCCUACUGGGCCCCCCCAGCCUCCUACUCUCACUCCUAUUGUGUGGCAACUGCAGCAUUUGUGUAAUUGAUCACUGCUCACCCAGGGACGCCCGAUUCGCAGCAGAGUGGGAGCAGGCAUCAUGAAUAAUCAAAAAGUAGUGGCUACGCUGCUUCAGGAGUGCAAGCAAGCACUGGAUGUGCUCUCACCCAAGCUGUCUGAUGCAUCAGAGGAAGACAAGAGAGAAUACCAGCAGUGCAAAGCUUCGCUCCCUGAUGAUCUAAGGACCCUUAUUGAAGAGGCAAAGGAAAUGAAGUGGCCCUUCGUGCCAGAGAAGUGGCAAUACAAACAAGCCAUAGGCCCAGAAGACAAAACAAACCUGCAAGAUAUGAUCAGUGUAAGGCUGCAUGAAUUACUGGUUUACUUGAAAGCCUCCAUCAUGGUCAAGGACUGUGCAACAGCAGCUGCUAUUGUGUUCCUGAUUGACCGAUUCCUAUAUUGGGUGGAUGCUUCCAGCAAACUUCUUCGGAUUGCCAAAGGCCUGCACAAGUUGCAGCCAGCCACACCAAUAGCCCCUCAGGUGGUUAUUCGCCUAGCUCGCAUCUCUGUAAAUUCAGGAAAACUUUUAAAAGCUGAGUAUAUUCUAAGCAGCCUUAUAAAUGACCAUGGAGCAACAGGCGUGUGGCUGUAUGACAAGGAAAGUGAUAGGAUUCUUGUUCAGUCAGUCUGUAUACAGAUCAGAGGACAGAUUCUGCAAAAGCUUGGAAUGUGGUAUGAGGCAGCGGAGCUGAUUUGGGCUUCAAUUGUAGGCUAUUUCAAACUGCCUCAGCCAGAUAAAAAGGGAAUUGCUACAUCACUGGGUAUUUUGGCUGACAUCUUUGUUUCCAUGAGUGAGAGAGAUUAUAAUAGUUUUAAAAACAACUCUCAAGUUGACCUGAGCCUUCUCCAAGAGUUUGACCAUCGCUUACUGUCAGCUGCUGAAGCCUGCAAGCUGGCAGCUGCCUUUAGCCAGUACACCCCGCUUUUUGUGCUCACAGCAGUGAACAUCCGUGGCACAUGCUUAUUGUCCUAUAGUUACUCCACAGAAUGUCCUCCAGAGAAGAGAAAGUUCUAUUUGUCUGAAGCUAAGGAAUCCUUUGAAAUUGGUCUCCUCACCAAGAAAGAAAAUGACCCUGUCACUAGCAGGCAGGAGCUUCAUAGUUUUAUUAAAGCAGCUUUUUGCCUUACAACAGUUAAUCGGCAACUCUACGGGCAGAGUGAGAGACUCUGUGAGGUGAGACAGCUAUGUAGCGAAGCCAUGGAGAAACUGUACACUUACUGCACUUCACCUUUUACAGAAGAUCAAGACAAAGAAACACUUGCCAAAGAGAUUAUGUCUUUGAUCAUGUCUGUAAAGGAGCAUUUACAAGUUCAAAGCUUUCCUAAUUCAGAUACCAGAUCUUAUGUUCCUGAUAGCUACAAAGGUGGAGUAGAAAAGCCUAUCUUGCGUGGUGAUGUGAAUUUUGAGAAAAUCCUUGAAAUGCAUUCCCAGCAUCAUAGGUCAGUAAGUGAAGUGUUUGAAAGUACUUGCAGGAGCCAGGAAACCAGGCACAGAGAAGCCAAAAUGGGAGCUUGCAUCACUGCCUUAAAAACUGAAACUAAAAAUGUAGACACUAUGUGUAACACUGAAGAAAAAUUAUGCGGUGGCAAGGACAUUGCCAAAAUCUCUGUUUCACAAAACGCAAGAAGAAGCCGUGAGAGACUCCGUGGGCAAACAAGAAGGAGAUGGAUUAAUUCUAAUGCAAUGAAUGUCUCCCUUGUAGAAGAAAUGGAGAGCAAGCCAUUAGACAAAGUUACCAAUGAUGAAAAUGGCAUUUUCAGCAGUUUGCAAAGCAGGAGUCAAACCACUAGUUCUUUGAAGUCUUGGAGCAAGUUGUCAAAAUCAAGUUCCUCGGCUAGCUGGGAGGAGCUAGAUUGCAAUGCUACCAAUACACUUCCCAGAGAUUGGCAACAAAGGGAAAACGGCUCAGUGGAUGAGCAGUGUUGCACAGCCUCAACUGAAUCUACUGAGGAAAAUGUUCAAGGUGGGAGCCUGCACUCGUUGUCCUUCCAAACUCAUCAUCUCUCUCUUCAAGAGUCACAGGGUGGCUGUUCAGGUCCUUCUAAGCAUUCAUUAAAGAAAAAUAUGCUCUUUGCUAAUAGACUAGCAGAUGUGUCCUCAGCUUCCAGAGAAGGGCUCUUGCAGGGGACAGAACCUGAAAGGGAUGCCUCAAAACAGAACGCAGGGGAUGCCAAUAGUAUAGACUUCAGGAACAAUGCUAUUUCUUUCGUGGACUUAAAGGGUUCCCAUUUUUCUGGUCCCAACAGACCUGAGAGGGAGAUGAUUUCCUCUUCCUUGGUAGAAUUAGAAUCCUUUGAAAUGAUUGAGUCCAGAACCAAGGUUAGCAAUAGAGACUUCAGUGUUAUUCACAGCCCUACUCUGCGCAGCAGAGUGGAAGGAAAUGUAAUAGAUGCUGAGGGGUAUAAAAGAAUCACAGAGCCAUUAUCUAAAAAUAAUUAUGUGUGGAUUGACCCAGAAGGAGAUACUGUAGACAAGACAGAUGAUCUGUCAGUUGAGCCUCAUAUACCUAUAGGUAAGGUAGCUACUACUACAUCUAUAAGCAACAAGUCAAAAAUAGCAAGUGAUUCCUUUGUACAUAACUGGAUUAAUAAAUCUUCUGCUGAAAUGGCUGGAAAUGGGUCUUUUGAAAUGCCUGAAGUUGACACCCAGGCAAAUACAGAAAAUGAAUGGGAAUUUGCUUUAAGCAAUAGAGGGAGCUCAGUAAACAACUCUCCUGCCAUGAAUGCUCCAAGGCCUCAACUUAACCACAGGGUUGGGAUCAGAAUAUCACCAUCAGGGAGGAAGAAGCCAGAAGCUGACAACUUUAAUGACUGUGCUACCACAGAGGAAGAUGAAGCAGAAAAGAACAGGAACAUUCUGAACAGCAGCCACAGCUCAAGCUCCUCUCUGAAAUCAUGGUACAAAUCAGCUCAGUUUUCUAGCAGUUUCUCUGAACUCGAGAGUCCAUCUUUUCUGAACUCCAGGGGGAGCUCUUUUGUCUUUGUGCCUGGGAGAACCAAAGAACAAAUCCUAAAAGCUCGCUUUCUAGAGGAUGAUGACUAUGAGAAGCUCUUGUCAGGUGUUAAGCAUAACUGGCUAAUGCAGAGACUGGAGUCUACUGGAAUAUUUAAGGCUAGACAACUCCAUAAAGCAUACUCUGCUCUUCUUCUGAAAUACUCGAAGAAAUCUGGGCUGUGGACAGGCCAGGAAACAGCUGUGUAUAUUGGCGACUACCUGAGCGUGGCGAAGGAAGGCAAACAAAGGAAUGCAUUUUGGAUACACUUUCUGCAUCAAGAAGAAACUUUGGGAAGGUAUGUUGGGAAAGAGUAUAAAGAAGAAAAGGGGCUUCUUAAUCAUUUCAUUGAUGUAGAGCGACAAAUGACUGCCCAGUACUACGUGACAGAAUUCAACAAAAGGCUGUAUGAGCAAAAGAUCCCAACACAAAUCUUUUACAUCCCCUCUGCAGUACUCCUGAUAUUAGAAGGCAAAUCUAUAAAAGGAUGUGUGAGUGUGGAGCCCUAUAUUCUGGGAGAAUUUGUGAAACUAUCUAAUAACACAAAAGUAGUAAAAACAGAGUACAAAGCCACAGAGUAUGGCUUGGCCUUUGGCCAUUUCUCCCAUGAGUUUUCCCAUGGCACAGAUGUGGUUGUCGAUUUGCAAGGUUGGGUGACUGGUAAUGGAAAAGGCCUCAUCUACCUCACAGACCCCCAAAUUCAUUCUCUUAAUGAGAAAGAUGUUCCACACUCCACCAACUUUGGAGAGAAAGGAAUUUAUUAUUUCUUCAAUAAUCAACACGUGGAGUGCAAUGAAAUCUGCCAUCAUCUUUCUUUAACGAGGCCUUCGGUAGCAGAACCUAAGUAGCCUUGUGCAAAGAUAGCUGACAGGUGCUGAUCCCUCACACAUUUAUACACAUAAAUAAUUCUGCUUGUUAGAGCAGAGCCAUAGAAGUAAAAUUUCUUCUAUUCCUAAGUGUUGGAAGGAUCUUGGUCAUCAUUCCAGGUUGGUAACACCAUGUUACUGAAUACAGCUUGCUGUGGAAAUUAACAAAACCACAUAAAAGUAUAUUCAAGGAACAUCAAGGGUAUAACAAACCCACAAGAGCCAGGAAUAUUAUGAGCUAACACUAGAACUUUGUCCUUAUAAUGAUCAGUCUCAUCUAGAAAUCACAGCACCAGAAGGAGAUAAGAUGGUACAACCUUUACUCAGGGCUUGACUUCAGUGUGGGUUUUGGCUGGGAAAGGACAGUGGGAUUUGUAACACCUGCUGCUAUUAGGAGAUACUAUCCUAAGGAAGAGGGUGUAGUCUGGAUCUGGUAUAGUUAUUUCAGGUAUUUAGGUUUACUUUAUAUCUAUGAUUUUCAGAGACUUUUUUCAGUGUUGACAUGCUGUGUUACUAAAACAAAAAGUGAUUAAAAACUUAGCUUCUUUUUUUCAGA